UCUCUUCUUUCCUUUUUUCCAGGAUAUGUGCUGUCUCUGGUCUGUCCAAACUCCUUCCAGGCUUGGUGUGAGAUCACAAAUGUGUCACAGCUGCUGGCUUCUCCUGUGCUCUACACAGACCUGAAUUCCAGCAUAAACAACUUGAGCAUUUCAGCAAAUGUAGAAAACAAAUACAGUCUUUAUGUGGGCUUGGUACUGGCAGUAAGUUCAAGUAUUUUUAUUGGCUCCAGCUUCAUCCUGAAAAAGAAGGGCCUCUUGCAACUGGCCAGCAAGGGUGUUACUAGAGCUGGACAAGGUGGACAUUCUUACCUGAAGGAAUGGCUCUGGUGGGUAGGAUUGCUGUCAAUGGGAGCAGGAGAAGCUGCAAAUUUUGCUGCUUAUGCUUUUGCACCUGCCACCUUGGUCACCCCUCUGGGUGCUCUGAGUGUUCUUAUAAGUGCAAUAUUAUCUUCCUACUUUUUAAACGAACACUUGAACAUUCAUGGGAAAAUAGGCUGCAUAUUAAGUAUAUUGGGGUCAACUGUGAUGGUUAUCCAUGCCCCACAAGAAGAGGAAGUCACAUCUUUGCAUGAAAUGGAAAUGAAAUUGAGAGACCCAGGGUUUAUUUCUUUUGCUGUGAUCAUAACUGUGAUCUCCUUGGUGCUGAUUUUGAUUGUGGCUCCAAAGAAAGGACAGACCAAUAUAUUGGUUUAUAUUUCAAUCUGUUCCUUGAUUGGAGCGUUUUCAGUUUCUUCUGUCAAAGGCCUGGGAAUUGCCAUUAAGGAGCUGAUAGAAUGGAAGCCAGUUUACAAACAUCCUCUGGUCUUUGUUUUGCUGGCUGUACUUGUGCUUUCAGUAACUACACAGAUUAACUAUCUCAACAAGGCACUGGACACCUUUAAUACCUCUCUUGUGACACCCAUUUAUUAUGUAUUCUUCACAUCCAUGGUAGUCACUUGCUCUGCCGUCUUAUUCCAAGAGUGGUAUGGCAUGACAGCUGGAGACAUCAUUGGGACCCUGAGUGGAUUCUUCACUAUUAUCAUUGGCAUCUUCCUUCUACAUGCUUUUAAAAAUACUGACAUUACUUGGAGUGAGCUUACAUCCACUGCUAAGAAAGAAGCCAUCUCUCUGAAUGUCAAUGAAAACAAUUAUGUUUUACUAGAGAACUUGGAGUGUUCAGCCCCGGGAUACAAUGAUGACGUUACCUUGUUUAGUAGAACUGAUGACUGAAGUCUCUAGAAACACUGAGUUUUAACCAAUAUGAGACACACGAAGAGGAAAAUGAAUGCUUGCUUCCUGGAAGAAAUGCUAGGAAAGUUAGCAUUUUUACAGUUUUAACUAAUUUAGAUGUGAGGCCACGUAAAAAUGCCAUUUUUUUGGCAGUCGAAUUUGAAAAUCAAAUUGAUUAUCCUCCAGAAGACUUCUGCUGCUUUUCAUUUCUACAAACUUUGAAAUACUCUCUAAGGAUCAAAGAAGUCAAAGUGCUAUGUGUGUCUCAGAAUAAUCUCCUUCUUCUGGUCACAAUAUCUUUGUCUCUGCCAGGUGGCUCUUCAUUUCUUUGGUGGCUAUUUUUAGACUCACAGUCAUUCACCAAUAUAAAGUUAGCAGUGUUCUGACAGACACAGUAUCAGUCAUAUUCUCCGUUGAGUCAUAAUUUCAAAUUAUUAAAACUGAGAAGAGAGGCCAGGUAUGGUGGUUCACACCUGUAAUCCUAGCACUUUGGGAGG